AUGACGCAGAUUGUUUUGUAAAAAAUUAUAAAUAAAAAUAUCUGUUUUUCCUUUACGCAAAAUUAUAAUCAAUUUUAUACCGUACUCUCAAUCUGAGUGGAAAAUUUUGGUUAACCGCAUACGACAAGGACUACGUACAUUUUCAUGUUCCGUAACUAUUUGCAAAAUGUUACGAUAUCGUAGUAUCUUUUCGUUAACUUGUUUUAUGUUCAUAUUUCUAGAAGUUGUAAUUGGCCUUAAGUUAUCUUUAAAAAGCAACGGCCCUGCAGUACGCGGCUCGAACGUGACUUUCACAGCUGUAGUUGGAGAUUACGCUGGUGAAAACCUUAGAUUCGCCUUCUGGGAUGAUGCUCAACCACAACACAGUGCUGAGUUUACAUUAUCAUCAAAUGUGUCCACAUGGACAGUGGAAUAUCCAAAGAAUCUAUAUGAGGCUCGGGAAUACACUGUGAAAGUUAAUCUGUUAAAAAACUUCAUUGGAUUCUGGUACCUUGACAAAACUGCAACCACAGUUUUUAAAUUAACAGAUUCACUUAACGGAAAUCUUGUUUUAAACCAAGAUAAUUUAGAUAGGCCAAACAAAUUUGUGGCUGUUAACAAAACCGUUCAUCAUUUUGUGAGACUGCCUGAGAAUGAGAUGGAAUUUCUCAAACAAAACGCAUCAACCGUUAUCACAUACUGGUUUAUAGAUUGCAUAUACAUUGAUCAAACCACAGAUAUGUCUUUGAAUUACACAUACACUGAUGUAAUGGGGGACCACUAUAUUGAUGCUUUAGUGGUUGCUAAUAACGAACCGUUGCCACCAAUCACAACAACAACAACGACUACCACUACAACAACUACUACUACGACUACAACGACUACAACAACCACUACCACUACUACAACUACAACACCAAAACCACCAAAUGUAACAGAGGCGUCAACUCCGGUAUCUACAAUAACACCAGCUGCAAAUACAACAGCUAGUAAUGAACACAAGAUAUCUAAGAGAGCAAUAAAUAAUAAAACAGUGAAAAAAGAAAAAGCAAUCAAAGAUUUUAUAUGCCAUAACUCCAGUAUUGUUCCUAUUGGCCCAACAUACACAUAUGGACAUUAUCAAGAAAGUAUAAGUAUUAGGGAAACAAUAUCUACAAUCAACAUAACAGGAUUGAACUGGCUACAGCAUGGAGACCUGUUAAAUUUACAAGUAAAAUACAGCGGUAGUCCUCCGUUUGAUUAUUGUGCAAUAUAUAAAUGGGGACAGUACAACGUAACAGGCAACGAGACAUGUGUAUCCAAGACCACAACUCUUUCCAACACAUUUCCUCUUGUGCACUACUUCUCGGACAGCGAUCAACAUACUGUGGUUGUUGUUAUUGAAAAUGAGAUUGGCAAAGCAGUGUCCCGAGCAACUAUUAACAUUUAUAAAGCGUCAGUCCAUGCGCAGCUGUCUGUGAUUGUGGUGCCUGUGGUGUUCUGUCUUGUAGCCGUUAUUCUGGUGGUGUUCGGUGUUGCCUACUAUCAGCACCGCUCAAGAUACACCGUAGAAGUGGCCGACUUCGACUUCGGUCAGCAAGGACAUUUCGACUACAAAUCCUUCACGGAGCGCCUUCGUGACAGUUUCCGGAACGCGUUCGACUUCCGGCGACGAGACGACACCGAUCCGCUCGCGUCCGACACACGAUACGACUCGAUGACGUAAGAACAUGGUGGGUUUGUCUAUUAUAU